CGUGAUUGUAUCAUUGCCAUAAGCGAGUAAGCGUGCCGUAAGUGGUUUAUUCGAUGACAAUAAAGCCUCAGAGCGCGCGUCGACGCCGAACGCGUCUCGCCUCGUCGUGUCCUCGACAACCAUCCCGCAGGAUGAUGCCAACCCCUCCGAUAACAGUUGGUGCUGUGAUCUUCGACGGCACGCGUCGCGACCGCCAACUUACGACGACCAAAAGUGUUAAUGUUAAACAAUUCAUUUACAGUGAUUGCAAGAUCUAUCCGGCAAAUAUUUGUGAAUAGUGUAAAUAAUUCCUGUGCGAGUGUGCGUGGCUGAUAACGUGGACGGCAUCACAAUUUUCGGAGACGCACAUAAAAUUGGAGGUGCUGGCGGAGGCAGCGUUGGUCGUGGCAUGUUUUGUUACCAUUGCCCGCCGGGAGCGGCAAGCGGCGGCGGAUCACAUCAUCCGCUCGGUGGUGCGGCGGCGGCCGCUGCUGCUGCUGCCGCGGCUGCAGCUCGUUUACCACCACAGUUAGACUAUCCAUUUAGUACUACACAUCCUUAUACUAGUUAUUCGUAUCAUCCUGCCAUUCAUGAUGAUACUUUUGUACGAAGGAAACAACGUCGGAAUCGAACUACAUUUACUUUACAGCAGUUGGAAGAAUUAGAAACGGCUUUCGCCCAAACGCAUUAUCCAGAUGUGUUUACUCGUGAGGAUCUUGCGAUGAAAAUAAAUUUAACCGAAGCCAGAGUACAGGUUUGGUUUCAAAAUAGACGCGCAAAGUGGCGCAAAGCUGAGCGGCUCAAAGAAGAACAACGAAAACGAUGUGGUAGUGCCGGAGGCGGCAGUGAGGAUGUCCCUGGUCAAACCGACAUCAAACCCGACACUGAAGAUUUGGAUGACAUUACCAAAGAAGAAAAUGAAGAAAUAAAUAUAGGUUCACCAACGCGUAGUUAUAGCAGUGAUAGGGAAACACCGCCGCCGGUUAUGGAAAAGGAGCGACAGCGCGCAGAUGCCGACAAUGAAGAUGUCAACGGCGCGUGCAGUCCAACGCCACCGUCGUCGGUCGUCAGCGAACCGAGCAUCGGCACGUCGCAGACUCGCUUGGCGCUGCCCGCGGCGAUGAAACCAUUGCCGCCCCCUAGCUUCUCGCACAUAUUCCCAUUCGGCACGGAUAGUGUUGGCUUCCGGCCGAUGUUGGAGCCGAGUGUCGACGUGCCCGCCUCCGGCGCUACUAAUGGCAGCGGCGCGUCGAGAACACCGCCGCCGUCGACUCUAUUCUUCCCGCCGCAUCUUGCCGCACAUGUGGGAUCACAGUUUUCACCGCCACUGUUCCCAUCGUUGAAAGGAUUUCCUGGUUUGUGUUCGUGUUGUCCGAUGAAACCAAUUGGUAGUUUACUACAUCAUCAUAGCCAACCGCCAACGUCGAGUGCUUCAAGUGGACUCGGGGGUGGUAUUGAUACUACGUCUCCGUCUGACGCGCAGCGCACCUCAAGCGUCGCUGAAUUACGCCGAAAGGCGCAGGAGCAUUCCGCUGCGUUACUGCAGUCCCUUCAGCAUGUCGCUAGUUUUCAUCAGCAUGCGGCCGCUAGCGGCCAUCUUAAUUCACUAGCCGCCGCUGGGUUUAAUUUUCCAUUGUUGCCACCGUUGACGCUCCAUCAGGCACUCGCUAAUAGCCGCAAAGCGGAAGAGGUCGCCACUUCCAAGGAGCAAUAAAAGUAGGUUAUUAUUAAAUAAUAAUAAUUAUACAUAUACCAAAGAUUAUUAGUAAUACGGAAAAUAUUGUAAAUAUUAUAUACAGUUCGUAGUCAAACAAAAAGUGCAAUAUGUACAAACAAUUAUCUAAUUAUUUAUUAAUAAGAUUUAAGUAGUGUUGCUUAAGUUAUUUUAAAUUGGUUUUGCAAUAACAACAAUUGUAUGACGUGAAAAUCAAAAUGUAGAAUUUAAAAUUCAAACAAGUGUAGCAACAACAAUAAACAAACAAGUUGAUAAAUUUUAUGAUUAAUAAAGAACUAUCUUCUGUC